AUGGAGAUACCUGAUUUUGGCCAGAGUGUGGACAAAUCACGUGCUCACAUAGAAACACAGAAUACUGCUCAUAAUCAUGGAACAGAACCUAAAAUUCCUCCAUUCUCUCAUUUACUCACUGGCUCAGUUUCGGAUGAACAAAUAUUAAUGGAUGAAUCCGGUAAAACUCUAUCAAAGAACAAUAGUAAUAAAGAUUUCAUUGUGGGUGAUAUUUUUUCAGUUAAGAUGCCUAGAGAUGCAAGUGCUGGGCUAUCAUCUGGAAUAAAAAGCAUCGGUAAGGGUUUUGGUCUCGGCGCCGUUAGUCUUGUUCUAUGCCCCAUUGUAGGUGCCACCAAAGAUGGCCUUGGUGGAUUUUUUAAGGGAAUUGGAGCUGGCAUACUUUCCGCAAUAACUCUACCCGUUACAUCUAUAGGCGUAGCCGGAUAUCAAAUUACCCGAGGUGUAAUGAAUACACCUACGGCAAUAUGUGAAUGGUCUAAUGGGAGAAAAUGGAACAAAAAAACACGGGAAUGGGGAGAUGAUUGGUAUUCACUAGCAGAGGAGGCCAAUCAGGUGCUUAAGGAUUCCCCUGAAUUAGAUUACAAAAAAUGCAAAACAAUUGAAUCAUCUAAAUGCGAAGAGAGGGAUGUUGUUGAUGAUGAGUUCUAUAAAAUUUUGGAAGUACCUACAACCGCAACUCAGGAGGAGAUUAGGAGGCAAUACUACAAAAUUGCCAAAAAGUGCCAUCCAGAUAAGAACACUUCCGACCCAAAUGCCGCCGAUAACUUUCAAAAAUUGGGCCAAGCUUAUCAGGUUUUAGGCGAUGAGAAAAGGAGGGCCAAGUAUGACAAAUUUGGAAAAUCUGCUUUGGAAUCAAUGCCAAUUAUUGAUAGUUCAUUGUUCUUUAUGAUGCUAUUUGGUUCUGAAAUUUUGGAACCUUACAUCGGAAAGUUAAGAAUGGCCAUGUUUGUGGAAAUUGAAUUGGAACAGUCGGUGAACCCUUCGAGUGAACUGUUCCAGAAGCAGCAACAGAAGCGUGAAGUGUUGCUAGCAAUCCAACUUCGUGAUCGCAUUCGCCCAUACUGCUACGGAGAUGUCAUUACCUGGCGUAUUUCCAUUCUACAGGAAGCACGCAAGCUUUGUGAGACUUCAUUUGGGGACUCAAUUGUCAAUGCCAUUGGAUGGACUUACAAAAACUAUGCUACACAAUUCUUGGGCAAGAAGGAGACAUUCCUAGGCAUGAAGGGAAGGGUAGCCAAAUUUCAGGAGCAAAAGCGUACAAUGGGUAACCAUAUAAAGGCUAUGGUAUCUAUGGUUAAGGCUGCUAUCAUUUCUAAACGCAUUGGCUUCAGUGAGGAUCCAGAUGAGGCCAAUUGUGAGCAAGAGCGUGCAAUUUCAUCCAACUUGCCUAUAAUAUUAGAGACAAUGCUAAAUGUAUGUCUGAUGGACGUUGAGAAUACCAUUAGGAACGCCUCUAAGAAGCUGAUUAAAGAUAUGAUGGUGGAUCUGGCAAUGCGUAAAAAGCGUGCACGUGCAUUGAUUGAGUUGGGAAACAUAUUCCAACAGGCAGCCAUGGAGCACAUGAAUCAAGACAACAAAAAGGAUGCUCGACAGAAGAUGGAAGAAGCGCUAGCAAAAGCUAUUGAGAAGACCAAUAAAGGCAAGGACGCUGACAUGUACUAUUAUAAUAACGUGUAUUUUAAUAAUGAGGAUGAGAUAAAACCUACAGACGGAUUCUACUAG